AUGGGGUUUCUGUACUCCCAGCUCUUCGUCAAGCCAAAGUACCCGUCAGAAUCAUUCAAGGGGCAAACUGUCAUCGUGACGGGCUCCAACACGGGUCUGGGAAAAGAAGCGGCCCGACACUUUGCGCGGCUUGGGGUGUCGAAACUCAUCCUCGCGGUGCGCAACACCUCAGCCGGCGAAAAUGCGCGACGGGAAAUUGAAGAGACCACCCACUGCGGCCCCGGCGUGAUUGAAGUGUGGAAGCUUGACCUGGCGUCGUACGAGUCCGUCCAGACCUUUGCAACGCGGGCAGCCAAGGACCUGGCCCGCAUCGACGUGCUCCUGGAAAACGCGGGGAUUGCAGUCAGCAAGUUCGCGCUGGCUGAAGGCCACGAACGGACCGUCACCGUCAACGUCAUCAGCACUUUCCUACUGGCGCUGCUGCUUCUGCCCAAGCUCGAAGCCACGGCGCGGGACUACAACACUCACCCACGCCUUACCAUCGUCUCCAGCGAAGUGCAUGGCCAUAGCAAGUUUCCCGAAUGGAAGGCCGCCAAUAGCUUUGUUACACUCUCCGACCAGAAAACAGCCAACAUGGGCGAGCGGUAUCCGACCAGCAAGCUCCUCGAGGUGCUGGUCUGUCGCGCCAUCGCGCCCAAGAUCGCCGAACGCGGCACCGGUGUCGUCCUCAACUAUCUCAACCCAGGUCUGUGUCAUUCAGAACUCUCACGUGACGGCCCGUUCAUCAUAUCAAUUCUCAAGUUUUUUCUCGCCCGCUCAACAGAGGUUGGGAGUCGCACUUUGAUGGCGGCUGCCGAGGCCGGCCCGGAGUCGCAUGGCAAGUACAUGACCGACGGCCUGCCCAACGAUGGUGCGCUGUCGGCGUUCGUGCGGAGCGAGGAUGGAAACAAGGCCUCGAAGAAGAUUUGGAACGAGCUAGCGGAUAUCUUGGAGAAGAUCCAUCCCGGCGUCACCAACCCAGUGAAAUAA